CCUGUUCCUCUUUGUCCAUUUGUACCAUGUCUAUGGAAUUGGCAGUCUCUGGAUCGCACAAAUGCAACGAGGUUAGAGUCACCUCCUUGGAAUUUUCAAUAAUUUUGUUAUCAGUUCGAGUGAUUCUGUGCCAAAAAACCGAGUACAAACGGCUCGAGGUGAGCCGAUGACACAGUGAUUCGCAACCACCGAGACGGAAAAAAAAUUUACCGCUUUUCCAGCGGAUGCUCAUCACCGGUUAUCGUAUUCCGAGUAUGAUAAAAUUUUUUGCGUAAUGAUUUCAUCAUUGUCAGACGUUACAUACGUCACAAUGCGUACUGUUUUCUACAAUUUCGUCUGCGGCGAGAUCACUCGUGCUGCUCGAAAUAUGCGAGUGUUUGACAAACAAAGACGAUGGUCUUGCUCAUCGAUCAGAUACUUUGCCUCGUCGGUGACGACCGAUGUUACGUACGAUAUACCCGUUCAACUUAUUCGUAACUUCAGCAUAAUUGCUCAUGUUGAUCAUGGUAAGAGUACACUUGCUGAUAGAUUAUUGGAAAUAACGGGUGCAGUCAAAGCGAAUUCCGGCAAGCAGAUUCUAGACAAUUUGCAAGUGGAGAGAGAACGUGGAAUUACCGUGAAGGCUCAGACGGCAUCGCUGUCUUAUUUCUAUCGAGGAAGAAACUUUCUUCUCAAUCUCAUCGAUACACCCGGCCACGUAGACUUUGCGGCGGAAGUUCGUCGAUCUUUAUCCCCUUGUCAAGGGGUCAUACUGCUGGUUGAUGCCAAUGAUGGUGUUCAAGCUCAAACUGUAGCCAACUAUUAUCUAGCGCGAGAAAAGGAUCUUGUGAUUGUGCCAGUCAUCAAUAAAAUAGAUAUGAAGAAUGCCAAUCCUGAGAAAGUACACGAUCAGUUGCGAACUUUAUUUGGUACGGAUGAUAUUGGUGUUACCAUGAUUUCUGCCAAGCUAGGCAUUGGAAUCGACAUGAUUCUCGAUGCUGUCGUCGAAAAGAUUCCACCGCCUACGGUGACUAGAGUUGAUCCGUUUAGAGCAUUGAUAUUCGACAGCUGGUAUGACAAAUACAAAGGUACCAUUUCCUUGAUUUAUGUCAAAGAUGGAUCAUUAUCUGUCGGUGAACAUGUCAACUUUCUACAUAUCAACAAAUCGUACGAAAUUAAAAAUAUUUCUUUCCUCAGACCUCAUGUGGAAGACAUCCGCACAAUAUUCGCGGGACAAGUUGGUAUUGUUUCAUGCAAUAUGAAGUCUAAGGUUGCUUGCAUCGGAGACACUUUACAUCUGAAGCAACAUACGGUUGAUCCAUUGGAAAGAUUCGAUCCACCGAAACCGAUGGUAUUUGCUGGCGUAUAUCCGACGGAUCAGUCGCAAUUUACCUCUCUACAAACGGCUAUCGACAAACUUGCUUUGAACGACAGUGCUGUGGCUAUCGCGAUAGAAUCGAGUGUUGCGCUGGGAAGAGGAUGGCGAAUUGGUUUUUUAGGCUUGCUGCACAUGGAGGUAUUCAUUCAGCGUCUCGAACAAGAGUACAAAGCGCAACCGAUAGUCACAGCACCCGCAGUCACGUACAAAGCCAAGAUAUUCGGCGCCAAGAAUAUAACCAAGUAUCAAGGUGAUACGGUGAUAUUUAACAAUCCGGAACAUUUUCCAGAUCCGCUGAUCGUUCGUGAAUUUUAUGAGCCUAUGAUCGUGGCGACUAUUAUAACACCAGUUGAGUAUACGAAUCAAAUCGUGUCGCUUUGCCGAGAAAAGCGAGGGAUUGAGAAAUCGAACGAGUCUAUCAGUAAUGACAGACUCGUCUUGCGGUAUAUAAUGCCAUUGAACGAAAUUAUUGUUGACUUCCACGAUUCUUUGAAGAACAUAAGUUCCGGUUACGCUAGUUUCGAUUAUGAAGAUCAUGAUUACCAAUCAUCCAACAUAGUGAAGUUGGAUAUUCUGUUGAAUGGUAAAAUGGUACAAGAAUUGAGCACGAUUGUACAUGCGGAGAAGGCUCAUCAAACGGGUAAGAAAAUAUGCGUUAAACUUCUGGAAAUCAUUCCGCAACAGCUUUUUGAAAUAGCUAUACAAGCAGCGGUAGGCAGCAAAGUGAUAGCGAGGGAAACUCUAAAGCCUUACAAAAAAGAUGUAACAGCGAAAUUAUACGGAGGCGAUAUCACUAGACGAAAUAAAUUGUUGACGAAACAAGCGCAGGGAAAAAAGAAAUUGAGAAUGAUCGGUAAAAUUUCCCUGCCCAAAGACACUUUCAUAAACAUACUGAAGAAAUAAGAAUAAUCUUGUACAUGGUAUGUUACAACCGUUUACUGGCUGGCGCUCUGUUGUCUCUAUAUUUUUUUUUUUUUUUUGUGAAGCCAACCUCGAAUGUUGUACGAUAUUGUGCAAGCCCGUUGCGAUGAUGUUGAAUUAAAGCGCAAACAAUCUGAGAUA